AUGGAAGAAUCCGUUCAUUGUGACUUCUCGGAUAAUCCAGUUUUGGAAGCAUUAACUUUUAAUGAUUUUGAUUGUGAAAAUUUUGGAAAUGCAGCUGGUGAUAAAGUGUUAGGAAGUGACUACAGAUCAUCUUCGGAAAGAAAUCUGUUGUGUUUGUUGUGUGACGAUGAUGAUACUGGAAAUUUUUUACUGGAUGGAACUGAUCCAGAUGACAAGGAAAUAAGAGAAAAAUUAAGAAAUCAUAAGCUGCAAGAACUCUUAGAUAUUCAGAAAAAAGAAAGAGAGAAUGACAAUUUUAACAAACUUUGUCUGUUUUGCAAUAAAUGUUUCAGCAAGAGCAGGAUACAGUAUUUGAAUCAUUUGUUGGAGAACCACAACUUAAAUUUAGGACCCAUUGAAAACAUUGGUAUCAAUUGUUUAAUUUGA